CUUACUGCUAUUUAAAUAGUAUUUAAACAAAGAAAUAUAAUAAUCUCUAAACAUAUAUCAUGACAAUCCUUCCUAAAAUCGCUGCAAUUUUGAGGUUAUGUUGUGAGGUAUGUGAUUUUGUACUGAGUUGACGGAUAUAAAAGGAGUCGAUUAUUGGAGAACGGGUCCACCGAAAAUGGCAUAUUUAACGAGAAAAGAAAUUGAUGAGAUGAAACCGCAAAUUGAAAAAGCGGUUCACAAGUUUCUUGGUUUUGGGGAGCCUGCCAUCGUUACCACAGCUGUCAAUUGUAUUACCUCUGGUUAUGAUAGACGGAAAACAGCCGACAAACUAUCUGCAUUAUUAGAAGACAAGAAGGCUUCGAAAUUGACCGAGAAAAUAUUUCAAAUCUACGAUGACGCUAAAGCAGCGCAGAAAAGUAAGAAACGAAAUCACACCGAAGAUAAGGAGAAAGAAAAAGAUGCCAAAAAGCCCAGGUACAAGGAUGACGAAGUCAAAAAUGAGAAGACAACCGAAGCCCAACUCUCCACAGAUAAGAUCAGGCAAAUGAUGGCUAACGCCCAAAGAGAAAUAGAAGAACGAAAACGAGCGCUAAAAGCCAUAAAACAAGAAGAAGUCGCGCCCAUAAAGCCCUUACUCAAAGCACGCGACUCUUUGCCGACCGUAGGAAGCAUGUACAAUCAAGGUUUACUAAGUAAAACCGAUUCCGACAAAGCGAGAAAAAUCGCAGCUUUGCAAGCCCAAAUCCGAAGCAAAUUAAGUUCAGGAUUGUUGGGCAACGUCAGUGUCCCAGACAAACCGACACCCCUUAUUCUUGACGAAUCUGGUAGAACAGUAGACAUAACAGGCAAAGAAGUUCAACUGACGCAAGUUGUGCCAACGUUGAAAGCAAACAUCCGAGCGAAGAAGCGGGAGGAAUUUAAAGCUCAGUUACAAGAGUCGAAAGGGCCGGAAGAGAUCCAAGAUACACAUUUCUUUGAUACAAGAAUAGGUGUGAAGCCUGCGGUGCGAGGUAAGCGUACGCUAAAAUUCCACGAGCCAGGAAAAUUCCAACAAUUAGCGGAGAGAAUUCGUAUGAAGGCCCAGUUGGAAAAGCUGCAGAAUGAAAUUAGUCAGAUCGCUAGGAAGACCGGUAUAAGUUCAGCGACAAAGUUAGCGUUGAUCGCGCCGAAAACUGAAGCCCUUAGUGAAGAUGUGCCUAAUGUCGAGUGGUGGGACUCUGUUAUAUUGACGGGAGGAUAUCCGAACAAGGAUGAACCUACAACUAUUAAGAAUUCUACUAUUACGAAUUUGGUGGAACAUCCGACACAGAUGCGACCUCCCACCGAUCCCUUGAAGCCGAUUUACAUGCCUGUAUUUUUAACAAAGAAGGAGCGCAAGAAAUUGCGUAGACAAAACAGGAGAGAAGCGUGGAAAGAGGAACAAGAGAAAAUUCGACUCGGACUUGAACCGCCUCCGGAACCUAAAUUACGAAUUUCGAAUCUUAUGAGGGUCUUAGGUACGGAAGCAGUGCAAGAUCCCACAAAAAUAGAAGCUCACGUUCGGCAACAGAUGGCUAAACGAUUGAAAGCUCAUGAAGACGCUAACGCGGCUCGGAGGCUCACCGCUGAUCAACGGCGGGAGAAGAAAGCUAGGAAACUUAAGGAAGACACUACGCUCGGUGUACACGUGGCUGUCUACAGAAUACGCGACCUCUUAAACAAUGCCUCGAAGAAAUUCAAAGUAGAAACAAACGCGAAGCAGCUGUACCUCACAGGCUGCGUGAUGCUCUUCCGCGAUUGCAACGUCGUGGUAGUCGAGGGCGGAGCAAAACAGUUAGGUAAAUACAAGCGACUGAUGAUGCAUCGGAUAAAAUGGGAAGAAGAUAUAAUAAAAGAUAACGACGGUAAUGACGUGCCGAAUAAAUGCGUCCUUGUCUGGGAGGGCACCAGUAAGCAGCGACACUUCGGUGAAAUUAAGUUCAAAGUCUGCCCGAUUGAGAAAAUGGCCAGAGAACACUUCAAGAAGCAUCAGGUCGAACAUUAUUGGGAUUUAGCUUACAGUGGGGCAGUGCUUGAUAACACAGAUGAUAUCCAUUCUUAAGAACUCCGUAAUUUUAGUAAUCACCUCUGAGAGCAUAGAUAAUUUCAAUACGUUUUAAAUACAUUAUGGAGGAAAUCAGCUGGAAUAUGUAAAUCGCGGAAAUAAAUGUGCUCCAGGCCUCUGA